AUGGGUUGCGCAAUAUCAGGUCUGGCAGCAAAAGCGGAGUUUGGAGAGAGGAGCACGGAGGAUGCUGCGACUGCUGCGUAUCCCAGAGAGGACCAGAUCCAGAUGGUGAAGGAGUCGUGGAAAGUUAUCCGGGACGACAUAGCCAAAGUUGGGAUUAUUAUGUUCGUCAGGUUGUUUGAGACCCAUCCCGAAUGCAAGGACGUCUUCUUCCUGUUCCGAGACGUGGAGGACCUGGAGCGGUUGCGGAGCAGCCGGGAGCUCAGGGCGCACGGCCUUCGGGUGAUGUCUUUCAUCGAGAAAAGCGUGGCGAGGCUGGACCAGCAGGAGAGGCUGGAAGCUCUGGCCCUGGAGCUGGGGAAAAGCCAUUAUCACUACAACGCCCCGCCGAAGUACUACAGUUACGUCGGAGCAGAAUUCAUCUGCGCCGUGCAGCCCAUCCUGAAGGAGAGGUGGACGGCCGAGCUGGAAGAGGCGUGGAAGACCAUGUUCCAGUAUCUAACCAGCCUCAUGAAGCAGGGAUACCAGGAAGAGAGCGACCGACAGCGCCACCUAUCACUCUCCCCGAAGGAGAGACCGGACAAGAGGAACACGGCAUUGUGA